UGACUGCAGCAGCAGUGACUCGAGCUCCGGAGAGAACGAGCAAGCCACUUCACAUCUAGACCAAAGAUGAUCAGCUGGGCAAAAAUAAUUGUGAUAGCGCGCGCCGUUCGUACCUAUUUAAGGGAAGCGCACAGACUGGUACCAUACGGGCUUUUGUCCGGUCCUACUCCAACGCGUCGGCUCUUGACCUCAAGAACCAGGGGCUGAUCAUCAUCGACUCUAAAGUCAUGGCGUCUUGACGCAAAAUAUUGGAAGAACAGGGGAUCUAAUAGGAAUUGCCAUUGGAGACUGGAAGACCAGAAACCUAGACACAAUGCACCGAUGCCCUCUCUCUCUCACAACCCCGCCUGCCAACACCGUGCGGGGACGCUUCUCCAUACUAGGCGGCAUACUUACACUAAUCAUACUGGUAUACAUCUUCACGCCUCGCUCAAUACUCCAAAAUCACGUCACAGGCAACUACCCCUAUGUGCGACCGCCAACUCCCCAGGUCUACACACCCAUGCCGGCGCCCCCUUCCGCGACCCCCGCACCAGAGAAGCUGAUCGUCAAAGUGCAGCUAGAGGGCGAAGACCUAAACUGGCUGCUCAAACUCCUCCCGCAGUGGAGGAACCAGGUCAUAACCAUUGACAAAUCCUUCGUCUACUUGCACGCUUCUGGACAGAGAGCGGACAAGGGAAGGAUCGCAGACGCGUAUCUCGGCUGGCUGAUCACGAACUACAACAACCUGGCCGAGACCAUCGUUUUCGUUCCUACAAACCCGUCCAAGGAUACACAAGAUAUCAGCAAAUGGCGCUUGCCGCACAAGGAACUCGUCCAGGCCAUCCAGGACCUGCAAGUCCCGCACAUCCAUAAGUCGGGCUAUGCUCCCCUCCACUGCCCCGCGAAACAUGAGUGCGAGGAUACAAUCCUCCCGUUCAGAAGCCCGCCGGACGAUUACAGGACGCUCGAGGUCAAAAUGGCAAAGACGUGGCAGCAGAUGUUCAACAACACCGACAUCCCCAAGGAGUUGGCGAGUCCGAGGGGCAGCGCUUUUGUGGUCACUAGGGAGCUGGUUCAAAAGCGGAGCGUCGAGGAGUAUACGAGGUAUUGGGGGUGGCUUAACAAAACGAAGAUGGACGAUGAGAGUGCGGGCGCAGUCGUGGAGAGGCUGUGGCACGUCAUCUUUGGGAGGGAGGGGGUGUGGUGUCCUGAAGAGGAGGAGUGUCAGUGUGAGGUCUUCGGGAGGUGUUGAGAUGGAUGUGGCUCGGGCUUUCUCUGUGUAUGAUAGGUUUGUAUGUGCCAUCGCCUUAACCGACAUAUCGCUUUCUUUCCUCCAAAACAACAGCAUUGCCGUCUUACCUGAAUUGAACCCGAGCACCGCCAUUCCCAUACCUGCUCACUGCCUGCGCAACGGCUCCAAUACACCGCCCCACCACAAAACCCUCACAGCGCACACCCAGCGGCGGCGAGCGCAUCUGCACUUCAAACUCCGGGCCCC